GUGUAUUAAGUAUACAAACGCCCGAACACUGAAAGGUUUGUACGCGCAGCAGCUGACAGAGUGAGAGUUUUCUCUCUCGGCCGGACGAUACCGGAGUCCAGAUCUGAAGUCAGAUCAGCCUAGCCUCUUCUGACAGUAUGGACAACGGUUGGUGUUUGCUGACCGGCGGGAUCUGUUGUGCUGCUCUCCGACCACGGGGCAGAUCUACUAUCUCCGGCUCUCUACCGCUGGUUCUCUCUCUCCGAAACCCCCAAGGGUUGCAAUAUGUUUUGGGCUAUUUAUCGCUUUUACUUCUGAAAAGGUUUCAUUUUAUAUGUACCGUAGAUUUCAAAUUUAUUUGGGCUGCAUUUGAUCUAAAUGUGAUUUCAAGCCAAUUAACUUGAAGCAAAACCAUGAUUGUAGUAGAUUGGAUUAGGCUAGGAGAUCUUGGUCGAUUUCUCAGGUGAUGAGGGGAAGUCUAGUGCGCUUUGGAUCGGCAGUAAGGUUGAAGUUGGAGUGGUAGUGGAUUCGAUGGAAAGAGACCAAUUUCCCUCAACACAAUCGUUUCACUUCCAAUUCAGUGACCCCAUCAGAGGACAACAGCAUAGCAUGGAGCACGGUAGAGAACUAGAGAUACUAGAGACCAACUCAAGGGAGAGGGUCGAGAUUGAGCAGGUCUUAAAUCUUGAUUUGGAAGUUAUAAAGAAGGCUAUUACAUCUGGCUUCAUUCAUCUGUGGCAAGCUCUAACCAGGCAGAAAUAUGUGGUUCUAUAAAGGAAGUUGAAGCAAUAUUGGAACAAGUACUACUAAUUAAAUUACUCAAGAUUUCCAUGUUUUAAAAUUCUAUGAAAUUAAUUCUACCUGAUAUAGAGGGGUUCUACUCCAUUGGGUUGCUUGGAGUUGAGUAGUUUUUGGGAGAGAAUGUAAUCCUCAGUUUUGGAGUUUGUUUAUGUAUUGUUGGAUGAUUUGGACAGAGUUGUUUAAUGAAAUGUAUAAUCACUAU